AUGUAUCGCAUACCUGUGACUCUCCAAGGGGGUACAUAUCAAGCCUUGGUGGAUUCAGGCUGUAAUCAGACCUCAAUUCACCAAUGCUUGGAUCAAGGGGAGGAAUUGGGUACAGCACGCCGGGUGAAGCUUUCGGAUGCCCUUGGUGAUUUUCCACAACAAAACAACCAACAGUCAGGAGGCCCUGUAUGGCCCGGCCAACCUGCCAACCCGACCUGGCCCGGCCAACCUGCCAACCCGACCUGGCCCGGCCAACCCGCCAACCCGACCUGGCCUGGGCAGCCCGCCAACCCGACCUGGCCUGGGCAGCCCGCUAACCCGGCCUGGCCAGGGCAACCACCUCAGCCGACCUGGCCUGGUCAGCCUGGACAACCCACUGCUCCGGGGUGGCCUGGACCGGCUCCACAAACCGGCCCUUACGGUGCUCCUGAACAAGCUCCAAAACCAUUAACUGUGCCUUUUGACCUCCCUCUACAUAGCGGAGUUUACAACAAAAUGCUUAUCACCAUCAAUGGAGAGGUCAAGCCCAAUGCUAAACUUAUCACUCUUAAUCUGAAUAAAGGCAAAGACAUUGCACUUCAUUUAAACCCCCGCUUCAGUGAAAACGGAAAGCAAGUGAUUGUGAGAAACAGUCUGAUUGGAAACCAGUGGGGCAGAGAAGAGAGAGAGACCCCAUCCUUCCCUUUUGUCGCAGGAAAGCCUUUUGAGCUGAAGAUUUUGUGCACAAACACUGAAUUCAAAGUGGCAGUGAACAAGUCUCACCUUCUAGAGUUCAAACAUCGGAUCCGUGAGCUCGACCAAAUCAAAGGUCUUAGUAUCUACAAUGAUGUCACCCUCAAAUCUGUCAAUGUGGAGACACUGCAAUAAGAUGAUAAUUCUGUGAUAUUUCCAAGUUAUAUGACUCCUCUAUAUAAACUACCCAAUAUACUUCCAAAAUUCAACCAUGCUGGUUCUUUUACCUCUAAUAAUGAACUUUCUUACUUUUUUUAAAAACCAUGUGUGUCAAUGUGAGUUUAUAUUGACUAUAGAUAUUAGAGUGAUAUAAAUCUUCAUGUAAAUCAUGUUAGAUCCUGUUUUUCACAUAUUUUUGCUUAGUGCUAGAAUGGUAUGACGUAGUUAUCUUUGAAACCUCUAUAGUGGGUCUGUUACACUGCCAGGGAGGGUUUGGGUUUAAAUAAACUUUUAAGGAUGUAGUGAAAGGUAAUUCAGAAAAGAUUAUAUUAGACAGAAUAUAGUGUGCAUUGUAUGCUACAUUUCUGAGAAGGAUAAAGAUGAUGAUUAUGAUAUUAUGAUGGCUAUAAAUAUUGUUAUGGAUAUUAUGAAUUUGAUUGUUGCCAGUCAUAGUCGAGUGCAUAAUUAAUGUGGAACUAGUAAUAAGUACUGUAUGAAUGUAGUUUAGCUUCAAUUGCAGCCAGUGCCAAAGAUUGCAUGAUUCUGAAUGAUUCCAAAGGAUUAAAGAAACACAACAAAUGUAAACGGUGAGUAGGGUGUCUGUAAUUACAGUCAUGUGUGAGAUCUGAUUGGAACACAUUUACUUCCAGCAAUAUAAAUAAAAUAACACCACUGUAAACUGA